AUGGAGAAGCCAUUGCUUAGUGAAAAGGGUAAAGAGCAGAAGAAAUUAGAGGAAGAACAAGAGCAAGGACAGAAAACAGGCCAGGUGAGCUCUAUCCACAAGGCAUUUUCAGAGUACAAGUAUGAGGAACCUCCCACUGUACGUAAAGCUUUCUACGAUUUUAUGCUCUGGUUGCUGUGGAAUAUAUUUGAAUGUUUCUUUAGAGAGAUCAAAUCUAGAGGUGGUUACAGGAUGCCCAAAGAGGGACCUAUCAUCUUCGUUGCUGCACCUCAUGCAAACCAAUUUGUGGAUCCAAUCAUUCUAAUGGAGCAGGUGAAGAAGGUAAUUAACAAACGUGUGUUGUUUUUGAUUGCAGAGUCUUCAUUGCAUAUGAAAGGUAUUGGAUUCUUAGCAAGAGCUGUGAUGGCAAUUGGCGUAGUGAGACCUCAGGACAAUUUACAACCUGCAACAGGUAAAAUUAAAGUCGACCCUCAUGAUUAUAAGAAAGUCAUUGGUAAAGGUACCAAAUUCUUGACUGAAUGUCGUCCAAAGGGGUUGAUAGGUCUAUCUAAGGGAUUUGGGAAUGCUGAGGUGGUAUCUGUUGAAAGUGAUACUGUAUUAUAUAUUAGAAAAGAAUUUAAGAUGAAUAAACCAGAUAAUAAGAAAGUCUUGUUGGAACGUGGCACUUCUUUCAAAUAUGCAGAUAAAGUGGACCAAUCACUUGUGUACCAUAAAGUCUUUGAACAUUUGGCAAACGAUUCCUGCAUUGGUAUUUUCCCUGAAGGUGGUUCUCAUGAUAGAACCGAUCUAUUGCCUAUUAAAGCGGGAGUUGCAAUCAUGGCGUUAGGUUGUAUGGAUAAACAUCCGGACGUUAAUGUGAAGAUUGUUCCAUGUGGUAUGAAUUAUUUUCAUGCACAUAGAUUUAGAUCUAGGGCCGUUGUGGAGUUUGGUGAACCAAUUGAAAUCUCAAGAGAUUUGGUAGAAAAAUACCAUCAACCAGAGACUAAUCGUGAUGCUGUGAAGACUCUGUUAGAUGAGAUUACCGAAGGUUUAAAAGCUGUCACCGUGACUUGUAAAGAUUAUGAAACUCUGAUGAUUGUCCAGGUUAUGAGAAGAUUAUAUUCCACUAGAUUUAAUCGCAAAGUUCCUUUGUCAAUGAUUGUAGAAAUGAACAGACGUAUUGUCAAAGGUUAUGAAGGUCAUAGAGAUAAGCCUGAUGUGAAACAACUAGGUGAAGAUAUUUUGAAAUAUAAUGAAAAAUUGAAUUAUUAUAACUUAGCAGAUCAUUCUGUGGAGACCGCCCGUGUCGACUUUAUGACCAAUCUAUGUUUAUUGGUUUAUAGAUCUGUGUUUAUUACUGUGGCAUUAUUGUUAUCAUUGCCUGGUAUUAUAAUGUUUUCACCAAUCUUUAUUUUAGCUAAUCGUGUCUCUAAAGAAAAAGCACGUAAAGCGUUGGCUAAAUCUUCAGUGAAGAUUAAAGCUAAUGAUGUCAUUGCUACUUGGAAGAUCUUAAUUAGUAUGGGGUUUUCUCCAUUGUUAUACAUUAUUUGGUCCUUUAUUAUUACUUAUUUUGUGGUAUUAUAUAAAUCUUACACAAACCAUUAUGUUUUGGUGUUUAUGAUGUCGUAUGCGUUGAGUGUUUUAGUGACAUAUUCAGCUUUGAUCGUCGGUGAUCAUGGUAUGGAUAUGUUGAAAUCCUUAAGGCCAUUGUAUAUGUCAUUGACAUCGCCAAGUGGAUUGAGACAAUUAAAAAAGGAGAGAGAGUCGCUUACUGAACGUAUUAUAACAACCAUUGACACUCUGGAUCCUGAAUUGUUAAUGGAUUUCGAGAGUGGAAAGUUUACUAAAGAGAUGGAAGAAUACAAGACGAAAGAAAUUAGAAGACGUAGACUCAUUAGACAGAAACGUGAAAAACUGGCCAAUGAUAAUGAAGGAAGAGAAAAUGAUGAACCAACUACUGCAAUGGACUCCGAUGCAAUUUCCUUAGUGAAUAGUGACAACUCGUUAAGUAACAUACCUUUGUUUUCUACUAUGGUUGGUGGCCGUAGAUCACAAUCAGGAAGUAUAUCUUCUAGCGUAGUUUCAAGUCGUGCAUCAUCAAUAGUCGGAUUCUCUACAGAUGCUAGCGAACAAGCAAUUUCCGAAUUUGAGAUUGAUAUAGACAAUGAGCAAGAGAUGACUGCUGCCAAGACAACAGCAGUCUCCAAUCGUAUUGCACAGAUCAUUCGUGGGAAGCGUCAACAAUCGAUGGAAUAG